AUGCACUGCCUCUACCCCAUGCACUGCCUCUACCCCAUGCACUGCCUCUACCCCAUGCACUGCCUCUACCCCAUGCACUGCCUCUACCCCAUGCACUGCCUCUACCCCAUGCACUGCCUCUACCCCAUGCACUGCCUCUACCCCAUGCACUGCCUCUACCCCAUGCACUGCCUCUUCCCCAUGCACUGCCUCUACCCCAUGCACUGCCUCUUCCCCAUGCACUGCCUCUGCCCCAUGCGCUGCCUCUACCCCAUGCGCUGCCUCUCCCGCAUGUGUCCUCCUGCCGUAUCCCAUGUGCGGCAGAUCUGGGCGUGCUGGUGGGCAAGGGAGGGCACUACGGGAAUGUCUUCCGCAUCAAGCCACCCAUGUGCUUCACCACGGCCGAUGCUGGUUAACUCUCAUUUUUUGUUCCUGCCCCCUACCCUCACAGACUUCCUCGUGGACUGUAUGGAUGUGGCGUUCUCAGAGCUUUAG